AUGGUCGCCUCGUCAAGUUCAAGCUCGCUACAGGAGUUCCAGCAACUGGAGCAGACCCUGCCGCCGCCUAUUCAGUCUUCGUCUACAAAGAUCUUCCAACAGUUUGAGCUGUCUUCCCCAUCACCUGAGAACGCGCAGCAGAAGCUGAGCAGCAAGAACCCGUUGGCUCGUCUACAACAGUUGCGUAACGAGGAGUGCCAUUCUCCCAUUCCAACUCCAGGCCCGAUACAUCCUCCAGAUGUCCAUUAUCCAGCAUUGAACAAGGAGAACGCCGCCACUGGUGUGAUUUGGUGUACUGAUAGGGCAAGCGAGCGUGGUUAUCCCCAUGUCGGUGACUGGGUCAACCUGGGCCAGGGUAUGCCUGAGACUGGCGAUGUUCCGGGCUGCUUCAAGAGGCCUAUUGAGAUGAAGAUGUCACUGGACAGCCGUGAGUAUGGUCCUACGUCCGGUAUCAAAGAGUUGAGACAAGCUGUUGCAGACUUGUACAAUGACCAUUUCAGACAAGGGAAGGAGUCCAAGUACACGUGGGAGAACGUCAACAUUGCGCCAGGUGGAAGAGCUGCACUGACCAGGAUCGCAGCCAUCUUGGGAGAUGCCUAUCUCUCCUUUUUCUUGCCUGAUUACACUGCUUACGCAGAGAUGCUUUCUCUUUUCAAAAACUUUGCUCCUAUACCUGUUCCUCUGUACGAGACUGAUGGCUACAAGAUAGAUCUGAAGAUCAUCAAGGGUGAAUUGAACCGUGGUGUGAGUGCCAUCUUGACUUCAAACCCAAGAAACCCCACUGGCCAGUGUCUCACACGGGAAGAACUGCACAAAUUGCACAAGAUGUGUAGAGAAAAAUGUCUGUUGAUCAUGGAUGAAUUCUACACCAGAUAUUACUACGACGGGGAGGUUGGCGAGUGUAUAAGUUCUGCCAGUGAGGUUGAAGACGUCAAUAAGGAUCCUGUUUUGAUCAUUGAUGGGCUGACUAAAUUCUUCAGACUGCCAGGAUGGAGAAUCUCGUGGGUUGUUGGUCCAAAGCAGUACAUCUCUGCUCUCAGUUCUGCGGGCUCAUACCUCGAUGGAGGUGCCAAUUACCCGUUCCAAGAGGCUGCUGUGUCAUUCUUGAAACCAGAUUUGGUUAAACAGGAGACCAUUGCGUUGCAACUCCAUUUCAAGGCCAAGAGGGACUACUGUCUUGACAGGCUAAUCAAGAUGGGAUUCAAGUUCAAAGUGAAGCCGAACUCAACUUUCUACAUUUGGGUUGAUCUAAGCCAUUUGCCUGGUAAGCUGUCGAACUGUCUAGGGUUCUUCCACGAGGCCUUACACGAAGAGGUCAUCGUUGUUCCGGGUAUCUUCUUUGACCUUAACCCGUUGAGUUUCAGAGAGCUGAGCGAUAGUGAGAUGUAUUCCUACGUCAGAAUCUCCUAUGGACCUGAUAUGGAGAGUAUGGUCAAAGGAAUGGACAGAAUUGAGAAUGUCCUACGUAAGCAUGGAGCCCUGCCAGCUGGAUAUACCUCAUAA